CAUGCCCUUCAUGAACUAUCCCUCAAACAUGGACCUCUCAUGCACCUUCAACUUGGUGAGGUUUCUACAGUGAUAGUAUCAUCCCCUGACAUGGCCAAACAGAUUAUGAAGACCCAUGAUCUUGCCUUUGUGCAGAGGCCAUGCACUUUUACUGCGAAGAUUUUUUUCUUAUGGAUCAGCUGAUAUUGCUUUUGCUCCGUACGGCGAUUAUUGGAGACAGAUGAGGAAAAUAUGUACUCUAAAGCUCUUAAGCGCCAAGAAGGUUCAAUCAUUCUCCCCUAUACGACAAGAUGAGGUGUCUAAGCUCAUAGAGUCAGUUCAAUCAUCAGUAGGUUCGGUAUUAGAUCUCACGAGCAAGAUUUACUCUUUGACUAGUUCUAUAGUUAUGAGGGUCGCGAUUGGCGACAAGCGUAAAGAUGGUGCAGAGCUCGUGAAGUUGCUCCAUGAAGUAUUGAAAGAGCUGGGUGGGUUUUGCUUUGCUGAUUUGUUUUCUUCAAAUAAACUUAUCCGUCUCAUGACUGGAAUGGAAGCAAGGUUGUGGAAGAUUCAUAAGAAAGUAGACAAGGUUUUGGAGGAUAUUCUCCAGGAGAAUCUAAGGAAGCUUAAGAAAGCAGAAGGAAGCGACGAUAGUGAUUUGGUAGAAGAAAAUCUUGCUCAAGUUCUUUUGCGGAUCCAGCAAGGUGAUCAAAACUUCGAUGUCCCAAUCACAAGCAACAACGUUAAAGCUGUUAUAUGGGAUAUGUUUGGUGGGGGAACCGAUACUGCAGCAUCAGUAUUAGAUUGGGCUGUGUCAGACAUGAUGAGAAAUCCAAGAGUGAUGGAAAAGGCACAAGAUGAGGUUAGAAAGGCUUUUAAAGAAAAGAAAGUAACAAUUGAUGAUAAUAGCGAAAUGGAAACUUGUGAGAUUAAGGGAUAUGAAAUACCCAUCAAAACUCAAGUUAUAAUAGAUGCAUGGGCACUCGGAAGAGAUCCGAAUUACUGGUAUGAUGCUGAGAUUUUCAUACCAGAGAGGUUCCAAUCAGGCAAGUCUGAUAUUGACUUCAAAGGAACAAACUUUGAGUUCAUCCCUUUUGGAGCAGGAAGGAGAAUAUGUCCGGGAAUUCCAUUUGGUUUGGCAAGUAUUGAGCUUGCUCUGGUUAGCUUACUUUACCACUUUGACUGGGAACUCCCGAAUGGAAUGAAACCAAAAGAUUUAGACAUGACGGAAACCCUUGGCGUUACAGCUAGAAGGAAGAUUCGUGUUCUGAAUUGGUGGAUGCAUAUUGAGAUUACAUACCCUUGUUUGAAUUUUUGUUCUCUACGUGCAUUAUUGGAGAAUCCCAGGAUCCUAACUAAGAUGACCUUGACCCAGAACUUGAAGAAUCCUACUGUAUAA